AGUGUGUAACUGUGUGUGAGUUUAUUUUGUAUUACUGUGAUGUCUGAAGAGUAGCGGAGAUGUUGAGGGCGGUUGUGCUGGGGAUCCUGUGCUGCGUUCAUGCUGGGUCUGCUGCAGGAACCCACUCCCUGCGGUAUUUCUUCAUGGGGGUCUCAGAGGGGACGGGGCUCCCUGAGUUUGUGACGGUGGGGAUGCUGGAUGAUGUGCAGAUUGAUUACUACGACAGUGUCACCAAGAGGGUGAUCCCCACACAGGACUGGAUGGAGAGAUCUGAGGGGCCGGAGUACUGGGAGAGAGAGACUCAGAACCUUAUCGGUGCAGAGCAGGUUUUCAAAACCAAUAUUGGAGUCGCAAUGCAGCGCUUCAACCAGACUGGAGGAGUUCACACUGCCCAGGUGAUGUACGGCUGUGAGCUGGAUGAUGACGGGACCAAGCGGGGGUUUAGGCAGGAGGGGUACGAUGGGAAGGAUUUCCUCAUCUUCGAUAAGGACACCCUGACCUGGACCGCCCCUGUGCAGCAGGCUGUCAUCACUAAACACAAGUGGGAUGCUAACAGAGCCAGGAAUCAGGGCUUGAAGGCCUAUCUGGAGGAGACGUGUAUCGAGUGGCUGCAGAAGUACGUCCAGUACGGGAGGGAGACUCUGGAGAGGAGAGUUCCUCCUGCAGUGACUCUGCACCAGAGGAAAGCUCGUGGAUCUGCAGACACGGAGGUCCUGUGUCAUGUGACAGGGUUCUUUCCCUGCGUUGUGGAGGUGUCCUGGGUCAGAGACGGGCGGGAUCAGCUGGAGGAGGGGGUGCAGAGUGGGGAGGUGCUGCCCAACCAGGACGGGACCUACCAGCUGAGAAAGAUCCUCACAGUGAGCACUGAGGAGCAGGGGAAACACAGCUACUCCUGCCAGGUGGACCACGUCAGCCUGGAUCAGAAGAUCGUGAAGGAGUGGGAUCCCAACAUGAGGAGCAGCAGCGAUGUGCCUGAGAGCGGCCCUCCUAUUGGGAUCAUUGCUGGAGUCAUAGUGGGUGUACUGGCUCUGGCUGCAGUGAUCAUUGGAGUGGUGAUCUGGAAGAAGAAACAAGGAGGUGCCCAGAAGGCAGACUACAGCAAAGCUCCAAGGAAGGAAGGCUCCGACACUUCCUCUGACACCGCCCCUCAUGUCUGAGGUAAGAGUCAGUCCUGAACACUGAGAGGCUGUGCAGUCUUAUUCACAAUCACUCGUAAACAUGCAGAGAUUGAAGGGGAAUAUUGAGGACAGUUUAGGGUUAUAUCAGUGGUGUUGUGUGGUUUUGUUCCUGA